CAUUGUUGCAUUUUGUGUGUGCGUGCGAGUGUGUGUGCGUGUGUGAGUGAGUGCCGAGUGCGACCGGUAAAAUUCCAAUAAUGUCUGCAUAUGAGGAUGGCCAACCGCAACGGGAACAACAGCAACAACACCACCAAAAUCAGCAGCAUCUGCAUCAGCAGCAAGAGCAAGAACAAGAGCAUUCACCGUUAUUACGCUCUUCCUCCAUGCACAAUGACCACUCGAUCAUUGGCAAGGUUAAAUCGUGCGUCAAGGGCAUAAUACCCAAUUCGGUGACCAAAUGGUUCUCACCAUCUCCGUCGAAUGACAAUACGCAGCUGCAGCAGGAGCAACAGGAGCAGCAGCAAUCAGCGUCGUCAUCGCAUCAUCAUCAUUAUCAACAGCAGCAGCUGCAGCUGAAUGGAAGGAUGUCGCAGCGUAGCAUAUUGAAACGGCGACGCAUUGCUUUGGAUGAUGCGCCCGAUGUGUCCAUAAUGGACGAUGGCACCGAAGCUACGGAUCUGAAUGAUGAGGAAGUUCAGUUAGCUGAUAAUAUAGCCGAACAUGAUCUGGCUGCCGAGGAUGAGUUAACGCGUCGCAGUGAAUAUAAUGUUAGCCUGUUACGCAAUCGUCAACAGCAGCUGAUUGCGACGGCUAACGCUCAUAAUAAUAAUAAUAACAAUGAUAAUGAUAAUGAUGAUGACGAUGAUGACGACGACGAUGACGAUGAUGACGAGGAAGAUGCCGAGGCUGAAGCCGAAGCCGAAGCGGACGAGAACAACGACGACGACGACUAUGUCGAAGCGCAAUUGCCAAAGCGACGACGUUAUGAGCCAACAAUUGAACAAUUGGCGUCCAGUGGUGCUCCUCGUUCGUUGAAUGCAACGCAACAACAGCAACGGGACAUCACGCGUUGUCGUCGUCCACCGCUGCAUGCCUCGACACCCGCCUCGAGCGAUGCACUGCGUCGCCGGCAGCGUGAGCCCGCCUACAAUUUCCUCGCCAUGACCGGCGGUACGAACGGCAACAGCGAUACGGCUGCUGUUGCCACCAGCGGCGAUUUGCCGACCAGUUCAAGACGCACGCUGAACAUUGAGCCAAUGACUCAUCGACGCGAUAUAUCGCUGAGCAGCUACAAGCGACACAAUCUUCAAAAUUAUCGCCGGCCUGCAAUGCCAAAUAAGCGUGACACCAUCAUCGAGCAGGCCACCGACGAGGAGCAGCAACAGCAGCAGCAUCAGGAGGAUCAGACAAACAACAACAACAACAAUAAUAAUAAUAAUGUUAACAAAAAUAACAAUGAUAAUAUUUAUACGAAACGAGGAGUUGCAGGAGCUGGACUUGGAGGUGGUGGCGGUGGUGGCACCGAUUCUCACUCAGAGUGCGGCAGCAGUGAGAGUCAGGCGGGUCUGCGCAGCAACAUCAACUCAUUGUUCUAUGCCAAUCUGCAGAGUCGCAAAUCGAUAUUCAAUUCAACAGCAACUGGAACAGGAAUAGGAACAACAAUGCCGCCGCAUCAUAAUUCAACAUUAUCACUCAAUUCGCUGCCGCCGCGUCGUCGUUUCAAUGCCUUCAUUUAUGGUAGCUUGUCGGCGCUAAGCGAUAGUCGCCUCCUCAGCAGCAAUCGGGGCAAUCCGAUGUCAUCGGCAUCAUCAUCAACGAAUGUCGCCGCCAACGAGUCACCGUUCUAUCCAGGACCAACAGCAUACGGUGGUGCGUCUGCCAAUAAUCGCCACUACAGAAACAAACUGAUCAACAGCAGCAGCUGCAGCAACAACAGCAGCCUCAAUCGCUCCGGCGGCAGUUCGCCAGCGUUGGCCUACAGCGACAACAACAACAGUACAACGCGUCUUUGGAAUGGCAACGGCAUCGAGGCAGUUGUAAUGCGACCAAAAACCGUCAACAGCACCAGCAGCAACAACAACAAUAAUCCUAGCAGUAGCAGCAACAACAGCAACAGUUGUUUUCCGUAUUUAUCGCAGACAACACAGCGUAUACUCAACUUGAUGCAGAAUCAUACAACGCCACUGAUGGAGGCAAGAAAAAUGGGCAAUGCUCUGCGCGAGCAUCAGCAGCAGCGUCUCAAUAGGAUUGCCUGCAAGCCCUAUUCAUAUACAACAACAGCAGCAGGCGCACACAACAACAGCAACAUCAGCAGCAGCAGCAUUGCCGAGUCCAAAUCGCUGGUGCCCACUAUGCUCAAACUGCUGGAGCAGCGGCGCAUGCAACGUACACCUGGCAGCAGCAGCAACAUUAGUCAAUCAGAACAACAGCAGGAAGAGUCGCAACAACGACAGCAACAACAACAAUCGCAACAGCAACGUUACCGUUUGUAUGCCAAAAACAAUAACGAAAUUUCCUCCGUUUCGGGCAGCUUGAGUCAUUCAAAUAAAAUGCGCACACGCCUCUCACAUCAGACGCGCAAGGAUGCGCGCAGCGUGCAACAGGAGGAGUUGCCACCAGCACCACUCGAAUUGCCGAACAUCCCAUUUCCGUUGAUGAGCAGCAAGCCCAAAUUUGAUUUGGUAAUAACAGCGCCUACAGUCAAGCCAGCUGUUCCAGCUCCAGCAGCAACAGCAGCAGCAGCAGCAAAACCAGCCACCUCGAAGAACACAGCAACAGUUGCUGCUGUCACACCUCCUGCGUCUCAGCUCAACAGCAACAAGAACAGCAACAACGACAGCAACAGUACAACUUAUAUAUUUGAUGCACCAAUUGUGCUGGUCUGCGACAACGGCAUUCACCACAACCAAUUGCCAAUUGUCUCGCCCAAUUUCAUAUUUGAGCAGCCAAUGCCAAUUGUGAUGCAGCCCAAUGGAGGCGCCACCAACAAAAACAACAACAACAGCAGCAGCAGCAGCAGAAAUCAUAGCUUAAUAACCAGCGGCAGCGUGUUGGAUGUGCUGCUACCCAAGCCAACAGCAGCAGCAACAGUUACACCAGCAACUGUUGGCUUCGGUGAUCAGUUCAAGAAAUCGUCGAGCGAAUGGGAGUGCGAGAUUUGCAUGGUGCGCAAUAAGAUGAACGCCAGCAAAUGCAUUGCAUGCGAAACGUUACGCAAAACGACAACAACAACAACAGCAGCAGCGGCGGCAGCUACAGUGAACCCAGAUGCGAAUAGCUGGGAGUGUGGCAGCUGCAUGAUAAGGAACCAGGCCAGCUGCAAUGCAUGCAUUGCCUGCGAAACGCCCAAACCCAAGAGCAAUAUCACCACCAGCAACAGCAACAAAAACAACAGCAGCAGCAUUGCUCCAGUUGCCAGCGGUUUUGGUGAUGCCUUCAAGCCCAAGGCGAAUACCUGGGAAUGUGGCACCUGUAUGAUAACCAAUCAAUCCAGCAGCAAUGCGUGCAUUGCCUGCGAGACGCCCAAUCCCAAAGCGAAGAACAGCAAUAGCAGCAGCAGUAGCCUUAGUUUGCUGCCAGCAACUGUUGCUGUUGGCAGCGGUUUUGGUGAUGCAUUCAAGCCCAAGGCUAAUACCUGGGAAUGUGGCACAUGUAUGAUAAGCAAUCAAUCCAGCAGCAAUGCGUGCAUUGCCUGCGAGACGCCCAAUCCCAAAGCAAAGAUCAGCAACAGCAGCGGCAGCGGCAACAACAAAAACAACACCACCAGUAGCAGCAGCAGCAGCAGCUUCAAGUUUGGGUUUAUAGGAGGUGAGCAGCAGCGGGUGGUGGUGCCACCGAAGCCAGCUGCUGCACGCUGGAAUUGUGAGGCGUGCAUGGCCGAGAAUGAGGAGAUGCGUCAAAAGUGCAUUUGCUGCGAGCAACAGAAGCCGAACGCCAAUAACGAUGAGGCAUUGAAUGGUUCGUCGUCGGUGCCGAAGUUUAUGUUUGGCUUUAAUCGUACAGCAACAGUUGCACCAACACCAACACCAGCAGCAACACAACCAGCAGUAGCAACAGUUGCUGCGGAAUCUGCAUUUGUUGCCAGCAACGUGACAGCAAAAGUUGCUGAUAAUGCUGCUGCUGCUAAACCAAUGUUUAGCUUUGGUGCGCCCACAGCAAUGUCGAAUAGCAGCAGCAGCAACACUAGUUCCAGCAACAGCAGCGGCAGCAACACAACAACAGCAACAACAAGUAUCAGCAGCUUAUUUGGCGCAACAGCAACAGGUGGCUUUGGCGCUCCUUUAGCGCCCAAGAGCAACAGCAGUAGUGGCAACACAACAACCACAACAGCAGCAACAACAACAAUGCCGAGCUUUGGCAACAAUAUCAACAGCAGCAGCUACACGCCGUUUAGUUUUGGGGCCAAGCCAACAGCAGCAGAACCGAUAGCGACAACAGCAGCAGCAACAGCUUCCGCGACCACAACAACCACUAGCAGCAGCAGCAGCACAAAACCACUCAGCAGCUUUGGUUGGCCGACAGCAGCAGCAGCACCAACUCCUAAGGCCAAUAACAAUGCAACGUUGCCAACUUAUGUCAUGUUCGGUGGCAACACAGUAGCAGCAGCGCCAGCGCCAGCAGCAGCAACGGCAGCAGUAGCGCCACAACAGCAACAACAACAACCGCCUAUUAGCAGUGACAGUGGCAUCUCCGCUGUCUUUGGCAAUGUAAGCAAUCCGUUUGGUGCAGCGUCUUCCUCAACGGCAGCAGCGCCAGUUCUUGGCAAUAGCAACAGCAGCAGUACCAGCAACACAAACACCAGCAGCAGCCCGUUUGGUUGGCCAACCGGAGCAGCAGCAACAGCAUCAACAACUCCUAUUGCCAAUAAUAAUCCUGCCACCAGUGCUGCCACAGCGACAACGUUGCCAACUUUUGGCAGCGGCAGCGUCAUGUUCGGUGGCAACACAACAACCACAAACGCAACACAAUCCUAUUUUGGAAUGGCAGCAGCAACAGCAGCAGCGCAGCAGCCGCAACCCAUUGGCAACAGCAGUGGCAAUGGCAGUGGCAGUGGCAUUUCCAACGUCUUUGGCAAUGUUGCAAAUCCAUUUGGUGGUGCAUCUUCCACGGCAACAGCAGCGCCUGCCGCAUCGCUCUCAAAUAUAUUCAACAACCCAGCGGCAACACAACCAACACUAACAGCAGCAGCAGCAGCAAAAACAAUUCCUAAACCGGCAUUUAACUUUAGCAGCGGUGUUGCUGCCACAGCCACGCCAUCUGCAGCGGGCGUUUUUAAUUUCGGUGCAGCGCCGACGAGUGGGACGACGGCUAACAGCGGCGCAGGCGCAUUCAAUUUUACAGCAAAUGCAGGAACAGCAGCUGCGGCGCCGCAAACAGCACCAUUUAACUUUUCAGCAAAUGCAGCCACAGCAACAGUUGGCAACGCUGGCAACACUGGCAACACUGAUUUAUUUCCACAAUCGGAACGACUUUUCCAAUUUGGGGCCGCCCCAUCGGCGUCGUCGCAGCCAUCAGCAAAUAAAUUGUAUAACUUUGCCGGCUCAACGCAGCAAAUCCAGUCAACGCCAAACGCCGCCGCUCCGUUCCAAUUCAAUAUCGGCUCCAAUGCUAAUGCCAAUGCCAAUGCCAAUAUAUUCGCGUUCAACCCACCCAACACUGGCAACAACAACACGCAGAAUCAACGCCGCAAAAUACGCAAUCCAAUGAUGCGUCGUCAGCCGCCCCGGUAGAAUUUCAAAUAGCCGCCGCUGCGUAUGCUGCUGCUGCUGGUGCUACUGCUGCUGCCGUCCAUCAGGCGGCGGUGGUCAACGACGUCGACUACAACGAUGACGACGACGAGGAGACGCGACACUAUUGGUUAACACUGGAACUCGGAAUUGGGACAGCAGCAAUGAGCCAGGAACAAGAGCAGCAGCAGCAGCAACAGCAGCAGCAUAAUGUUAAUACUAAUAACAGCAACAGCAACAGUGGACAGAGAACGACGAGAACAACGACGACGACGAGAACAGCGACAGAGACGCCGCAGCACUGCAGCACAACGCAGCCGCCGCCGCCGGUAGUCAUAUUGCAGCGUCGCAGUAGUUGCCAUUGGCAAAAGUCACAGCACAACAACAGCAACAAAUAUCGCUAUGUGCGCCAACAGACAACAGAAGCAGCAACAUUAACAGCAGCGCAAGCAAUAACAGUAGAAGAGACAGCAGCAGCACCACCAUUUAGCGUUGCCAGACAGUUCACAUUUAGCAGAUCGCUGGCGAAUAGCAGCAGGCAAAUGCGCAAAACCAGCCUUGCCAAUCCUAGCAACAGCAACAACACUAAUGACGCCAACAACAACGAAGCUGGCGUCAACAGCAGCGGAGCAACAGGAGAACAACACCAGCAGCAGCAGUAGCAGAGGCAAGCAAGCUGCGCAGUCGCUAUAAAUUGGAGCAGCGACCCAGCAUCGAUGACUGAAUAAAUACACAC